CUGGCGCCGUCCCAUAUCCGGACGCGCUCUCUCUCCUUUCCGUUUGGAUCCGCGCUUUGCCAUGCCCUUCCUGGAGCUGGAGAGUAACCUGGCAGCCGACCGCUUCACCGAGGCGCUGGUGGAGCGGCUUCGCCAGGCGGCCGCCGACAUCCUCGGCAAACCACAGGAGAGAAUCAAUGUAACUGUGAAGCCGAAUGUGAUGAUGUUAGUUGGAGGCAGCAUGUCACCAUGUGCACAGCUGACCGUGUCUUCUAUUGGGGUAGUGGGCACUGCCGAGCAAAACAGACAGCACAGCAGCAAGUUCUUUGACUUCCUCACCAAGGAGCUGGGCUUAACUGCAGACAGGAUCCUGAUUCGAUUUUAUCCAUUGGAGAGCUGGCAAAUUGGGAAAAAUGGUACUGUCAUGACCUUCCUGUAGACAAAUAACAGACUCAGAACCUUGUGUACUGGCCUUAAUCGGCAGCCAUUUGUAAAGGGGCUCAUUAUUAAACAUUUCCAUUGAUUGUAUCAAACUGACUGACUCU